AUGAACUCAACCACACAACAAGUUAAUGGUGAGAAGCAGGUUAGAGGAGGUGAUGAACAACAAAAUUCAAUGACCGAUGAUCAUCACCAGAAUAACCACCACAACAAUAAUAGUGAACAUUCCGAUUCUUCUUCAGAUACAAAAACACAACAAGAAGAAGCAAAUAAUAAUAGCAUGGAUAAUACGACAACCACCACCACUACAACAAAUACUCAUUCACCAGAAACCGAUGAAUCAACGAGUAAUGGUGGAGAUGAAAAGGAUGGAACUACACCUCCAUCAUCAGCAUUGAGCGAGACAAAUGGCAGUACCAAUGGAGAGGAUGACUCGGAAGAUUAUGAAGAUCUCCCAACAACAACAGCAAAUGCUCCAGCCAAACAAAAAGGAAGCAUUUCUCUGAUCAUUACUGCCAAGAGUAAGAGUAAAAAGACGAGUUACACAAAACCCGAUGCUAAAAAACAAAGGGAAAAAAUAGAAUCAAUUGAAAACAAGUCACCUUUUAAAGCAGGAAGCACAUUUGUAAUUAUUUCUUCAUCAUGGUUCAAGAUUUGGAAAGAAUAUGUAAAUUAUCCAAAUGAAAAUGUUGGAAAGAAGAAACACAAGGAAACAUCACAUAAAAAAUCUCCUGCUCCUGGUCCAAUUGACAAUAGUGACAUUAUUCAAGAAGUUCUCAUUUAUAAUGGUUUUAGUUUAAAACAUCCAUUAGUACCAGAAUUUACCAAUUUUACAAGAGAUGGUUCUGUUCUAUUCACAACAGUUCUUAAAAGAGAUAUUACAAGACAAGAUUUUGAGUUUGUUUCCGAGGAGAGUUAUGAUUUAUUAGCCCAUUGGUAUGGAGAAAUUAAUAAUAGUCAAAAAAUCGUCAGAAGAGUUAUUGUGGAUGGCUUGGAAAAUAAUCAAAUGAGACGUGUAGAAAUUCAUCCAUAUAUUCUCAAUAUUUAUAUGGUCAAUGAAAAGGGAACAAUCAUGAAAGAUACCAAGACAACAAUUCAAGUAAGCAAAAAAUUGGCUACCAAGGAUUUGAAAAUGCUUGGUUGUGUUCUUUUUGAAAGUACAAUAAUUCAGAAAACAUCAACUUUGAAAAACUGCAGAAUGUGGCGAAAGGAAGAUUCAAGCGCCAGUGCCAUUGCUGACAGUGAGAGUCAAACUCUUGAAAAAGCUCUAAUUUUUGAUGGACAAAGUAUCGUUUUUGAGUUUAAACAAAAUGGUGGAGAAUUUCCACUUGAAAUUUUCAAAAAAAAGCAAGAAUCAAACGAUGCUAGUGAUGAAGAGGAAGAUGAAGAUGACGAAGAAAAGAGAAGUAAAUUAAGUGAAAUUUGGGAUAGUAUCAAGGAUUAUUCAUUUAGUACAUUUGGUAUUGCAACUCCUGCCUCAGGUAAGAGUAAAAAGAGAGGUUUGUGUGGAUUGAGAAAUUUGGGUAAUACGUGCUUUAUGAACAGUGCUAUUCAAUGUCUCUCUAACACUGUACCUCUUAAAAAUUACUUUAUAAGUGGACUCUAUGCAAAGCAUAUCAAUACAAGCAAUCCAUUGGGAACUAAGGGUAAACUUGCUAAUAACUUUGCCUCUCUCAUUAAAGAAAUGUGGAGUGGUGGUGCCAACUUUACUCCAACCAACUUUAAGUAUGCCAUCAGUCAAUUUGCCCCUCAAUUCUCUGGCUAUAAUCAACACGACUCUCAAGAAUUGACAUCAUAUUUAUUGGAUGGUUUACAUGAAGAUUUAAACAAGGUAAUCAACAAACCAUAUAUUGAAGCAAAGGAUUAUGACGGACGACCUGAUGAAGUGAUUGCAAAAGAAUCUUGGGAACAACAUUUGAAGAGAAAUGAUAGUGUAAUUGUAGAUUUAUUUCAAGGACAACUCAAGUCUACUCUUAUUUGUAAUGUUUGUAACAAGAUUUCAGUCAAGUUUGACCCAUUUAUGUAUCUUUCAGUUCCUGUUGGUAAAUCAAUGCCUCACCGAUUGGAUGUAAUUUUAUUGAAUACAGAAAAUGGAGGAAGAGCAACUAAAUAUACUGUCGAGUUACCAAAGCAAUCAACUGUUCAAGUACUUGCCACUCAAUUUGCUAAAGUUAGUGGAAGAGACCCACAAAAACUCCAAUUCUUUGCCAUGGCUGGAUUUUCUAUUGGAAGACAAUUCUCUUUUAAUGAUAGUGUUAAGAUUAUUGAUCCUAACGCCAAAUCAACUCCAAAAGUAUUAUGUGCUGAUGUUCCAGAUGAUUACUCUCCUGAGAAGUAUUUAAUUAUUCCAAUAAGACAGAGAUACCCUUCCGAAGAGGGAAAAUUCAAGAGUGUGGGUAUUCCAUUUGUAUUAUUCGUAAAGAAGGAAAUUUCCACAAAGGACUUUUAUGAUAUUCUUUGGUCUCAUUUACAAAGAGUAGCCAAGAAAUCACCAGAAGACCCUGAAACUAAUUUACAACCGACCAAAGAGGAUGGACAAGAAUAUCCUCUUGCUGAAAGAAUUGAAAUUUUACGUCAGACACUUUUCCCUGCCUUUGAUCCAGCCAAUAUUCCAUUUAAAUUUACAGUUAUUGACAAGUCUGUUGAGGUUGUAAAUGAUACAUGUGGCAUUCCAAUUCUUUAUGAUGAUAGAGAUGAUAUGGUUAAGGAAUACUUACAACAGGAGGAUAAUUAUUAUUUCUCUGUUGAUUGGUUUGAUGUUAAAAUGUUGAAAACUAAAGAAACAGUAACCGUUCAUGUUGCAGAACAAAAUAUUACUAACGAGGCCCCUCGAUCUCAAAACAUUAGUCUGGACGAUUGUUUGAAAUUGAAUAGUGAAAUGGAACAACUCGGAGAAAGAGACCAAUGGUAUUGCCCUGAUUGUAAGAAACAUGUUUGUGCAUUCAAACAGUGUUGUGUUUGGUCUAGCCCUGAAAUUUUAAUUAUCCAUCUCAAGAGAUUUGGUUUUAAUAGAUUUGGUAGGGAGAAAGUGAAUGCACUUGUUGAUUAUCCAAUCUAUAAUCUUGACUUGAGUGAUUAUAUGGUUAGAAAGCCAGAAGACCACAUGCUCUAUGAUUUAUUUGCUAUCAGUUGUCAUACAGGAGGUCUCUAUGGUGGUCACUAUUAUUCAUAUGCUAAAAAUUGUGAAGAUAGUAGAUGGUAUUGUUUCAACGAUUCGUCUGUUUCGCCACUUACAGAGAAGGAAUUGAAAACUUCAAAUGCUUACAUGCUCUUUUAUCAAAGAAAGAGAAUUGUAAAUGAGGAUAAGGUUGAAGUUGCUUUCCAAUAAAAUAAGUCAAAGUAUUAAC